CUCCCAAAGAAAACUCCACCCACCUCCCAAAAUAUGUUAUCUGAACUACUCAGAAUCCUGUUACCUAGCAUUAUUUCCUCAAUCUUGCACAUUCUUUCUCUCCUUUUGAGGCCCCUCUGUGAGAAAGUGGUAUGUAGAAGCCAUACUGGUCUGCUUUUAAACCUAGUGCAAGUUAUGUUGAUACCAACUUUUUCUAAUUCAGAGCUGGAAUCUGUGUCAAGUGAGAGAAGAAGUUCUAGCCAGAGUGCCUUGGUCAUUUACGGUUCAGCCUACUGUAACAUGUUGCCUUGGGCGAUCAUAAAAGCCACUUGGCAAAGUUUAUUUGAUAGCUGUUGUGCAUCUGCCCGUAAAGCUUUCCUAUUGUAAUUAUUCGUAGUAUAACACAAAGUUGCCUUUUUGGGAAAGUAAACAUAUUUGCUGUAGUUUGUUUUUAUUUUCUUGUCCUUAUUUACUCAUAUUUUUUUAGUAGUCUUUCUGCUGUGUCAGAGGUGACUUCUCACUCUGGUAUCCCAGAAACCAUAGCUGCCUUUACCCAGGCUGCUUGGGAGGACGCACGACUGAAGAUAAAUUGAAGCAGCUGAUCCCUUAAAAUAGACGUUAAAGGUGUACAGAAACUGCUUGGACCAUAGAUCGUACUUACAUUGUGGUUUCAAAUAUAGACAAGCUGACUUCCUUAUUGCCAAAAGGAGGAGGACUUGCUUCCCCCAGCUUGAACUGCAUAAUCCUGCUGCCUCCUGCAUGCAAGCUCUGGCACUUUUCAGACCUUGCCAUGGCAUUGACUUAAGAGAAAAUAUUCCAUCUUUUUGUUGGAUUUUUGUUAUGUUUUAGUGAGUUAAAUGAGCUCACAGAAGGAUCAAACAAGUGUCAGAGCCAGCAGAAGGUAAGCACCAGAGACAUGCAGUCAGAAGCAAGGCACCCUCCUGUGUUUAUGGCAGUGAGUGAGUCAGUCGUUAAAUCAGCUCACUGCCUCUUGAGGAAUUGUAGCCUAAGAGCUCAUUUAGCCAUGUUCUGAAUGAGUGGGCAACUCUGAAUGAGUUUCUAACAGGCUGUGUGGAAGAGAAAGGAGACUUACAUCAUGCUGAAGGCUGUUUCAGCUAUCAUUUAUAUCAGAUGGCCUGGACACUCGUUAUCAGAGGUGUUUUGAACAAUUUGAAAUAAUUUUAUCAAUGACUUCAUCAAAGAUGUUUCCAGUCUUCAAAUGCAAGGAAGAAAUUUAAUACUGUUGUAUAUAUAUUUGACAUCACUGUUUUAAACAACGAAAAUAUUUGUUGGUGCUCUUUUAUCUUUUUUUAUGAAAUGGGGGUGCUAAUAGUUCUGUAAAUGGGUGUGUAUAUCUGCUAAAAUUGAAUCCUGUUGUUUCAAAGAGAAAGGCCAGUUUGUGGUUAAGAUUUGUAUUUAUGAAGAGGACUUAAAUUCCAGAAUCAAGUGUUUUAGGUUGUAAUGCAAUUGCCAGGCUUGAAGUACAUCGUUUAAGAUUUCUGUUUCAAUUUCAUGGCGAUGAAGUACGAGUAGCUUGUCUCAAGUAUUGUAAAGAUGAAUUUAGUAAUGAAUAUCAGGUAUGCAAAUAGUACAGCUAUAAGCUUACUGAAGAAUGUCCAGUAAGUAGUUUUCUUAAAGAGCAUUUUUAAUAAACAUUUAUAUAUAGAUCUUUAUUUAUUAAAGCAACCUUUUGAGUAGCCACAGGUCAAGAUUUGCAAAGCAGUCUAGGCAAUUUAUAUACCUGUUCUUCAUCAGUUUAGUGGACAGUGUACCAAAUCGCUAAGAUCCAUUUAAAUGUCUCCACCUGGGUGUUAAUGGUCCUAUAAUUGCAUAAAUACUGCAUGUGGUCAGCAGCUGUUAAAAUCUAUGAUUAUCUCAGGUGAUGUCCAGUGGUCCCUGUAUCAAUUGGAAGGCAAACAAGAUUGGAAAGGCAAACAAAAUUGGAAGGCUUUUUCACACUGUUUUAAUGUUUGAUUGCUGUCCUUUGUAUUUGGAAAUCUGUCUAUGUAAGUUCCAGUCCUGUGUGAAAAUUGUUAACCAAGUAAUACCUGCAAUUAUUCUAACUGUGAAAAUUAGUGAAGGGCUGUUGGGUUGUUUUGAUGGGCUUGAUUUUUUUCAUUUUACAGAGCAUUUUAUAGUUGGUUUCUCUGCUUCUUUUGUAUAAUGGAUUUAGUUUGCUUUCUUACAGUAAUGGAGGAGAGAAAGAUAUUUCAAAAAUGCCUAAGUGUGGUUAUAAAAACCACAUAAAUGUGCUGGUAGAGUCAGGGCUACUUGCAAUACUGAAAUUUUUUUAAAUUGCCUAGAUUUGAAGUCAAUAUUCCUUUUUUUUUUUGUUUACAAAUCCUGAGUCAUAAAAUAUGCACCCAUCCACUCCUAAGAGCAUGUAGACAUAAUUUAUAAAAUAUAUGUAAGAUGGUGAAAUCUUACUUUUUCAGAAAGUUAAUUAAUAAUUUCAGCUUAAAUAUAUUUGCUAAAGUAACUAUACUUAGCGCUUCAAACGACAUCAGGUUCUGAUCUGACAAAAUUUAAUUAGGUCAUAAUUUCAGAGCUUGUGAUUCUACAGCAAGUAUAUUUUAAGGAUGUCUUCUGGGUACAAGUCAGAAAAAUUUGGGAGGUUGUUUAUUCUGAUUCAGUCUAGUCUGUAAUAAGGGAGGAGAUUUAAAUUCCACACAAACUGAAAGCGAGCAAGGGUGGUUUUUACAGUUUGAGAGAAGGACUGGAGUUCACUAUUUUUACAAGAUAACAGUAAUAGCAGUAUUUUAAGGUACUAAAAGGAUUUCAUUUUUGAAUAUUUAAGACCUCAUGUCUGACUGUAAUCUUCAUAGUUUGUAGAUAGUAAAUCUGUAUUUCUAUGGUAUUUUUUCAUUUGAAAGUUUUUUUCCAUAGGAAAAUAACCAGUAUGAAAUAUAAAUACCUGUUUUUGAUUCUAAUAUGUCAGGAUGGGCCUACCAAGGACAUUUAUUAUGACUAUUCUAUUGGUUAAAGAACUGAAGGAGAAUACAGAUUUAGAAGUAGUUAUAUCUACAGUUGACAGUUAAGGAAUAGAGAAAGAACUUUAUACUUUGAACUUCACAUCAAUGGAAAAGGAAAUUUACUGUAGAAAGUAUGUUGAAAAAUGGAAAAAAUACAUAUGCACGUUUUGGGAAGACAUAAGAAAUUCUUGUGCAUAAAGAGGCAAUAGGACAUUAGGAGGAUCGCACUUGAUAUGUUUAAUUGUGCUCUGUAUGUCCAUAGGCUAGUUACUCUGCAGGGAGUUCUUGACACUGAGGCCAACUAGUGUGGAACAAACCCUCUGUAUGCUGUAGUCUCCAAAACAGAGCGUGUAUAGAGACUGCUUCCCAGGAGUGGUUUCUGGCCCAUGCUAACUUCCCAGCCAUAAACAGGAACUGCUGGGGGUGGAGGAAGAGGGGUGCUAUUUGGCAUAUUCCAAAAGGACAUCAGAGAUUAUUUCACAAAACCUAGCAGAUUCUCGUGUCCAGGAAAAUUCUCUGGCAGUGUUUCAUUUAUAAAAUUGCUAUAUAAAAUUCACUUAUAAAAUAUUUGAAGUAAUAGAGUGUUGGAAACUGGAAAAUUUGGAGAAAGGCCCCUAAGAUAAUGUAAGGACAUGAGAAAAACAGAAGGGAUGUAAAGGGUUACUGUCAUGGCAGAUUUGAGCUGUAUAUUAAGACUUGCAGAAAUAAUUUAUAACUUUGUCCAUAGUGCCAACGUAUAUGGAUAAGUGAUGGGACCAGUGCAAAGGAGGAAGUUUGGCCACUUCAUGACUUGCAUGUGGCCAUACGUCAGAACUGUUGUCCCUGCUUUUAGGAAAGUACAGACUUUUCUACUCAAGUGAAUGAAGAGAAGGCAGUGACCUGGAACACCUUGUAGCUGGAUGAAGGAUAAGAUUGCUAUACCAUUCAAGAGAUAGGGCUCAUCUGUCUGUUUUCCUCAGUUCACUUAGCAAAAAUUGAGUGGCCAUUUAGCUCUUCCCUAAAUAGCACAGUCUAUCCCUGUAUUUGCAAUCCAUCUUCCCACCACUAUUAGUGCAGGCUUCAUUCUGUGUGAAUGUCUGCAAAUGGACUAAUCAAAUACAAAACACAUUAUCAUGCUUUAAGUCCUAAAAAACAAGAAGUAUCAAUUGUGAAAAAAUAGAAUUUCAAAAUUCUUACUGUUUUAAUCAUUUCAGAGUCUGUAAAGACAGGCCGUUAGAUCUUAAUGAGUAUUUUGAACUUAUUACUAUGUAUAAAAUCUGAUGAUUCUGAUCAUAAAAAGAAGGUAACGUUCUAGGAGGUUUUAUUCACAGAAUUAUCUGUUGAAAUAGCAUUGAGUUUCACUCUGUUUUCAGGUUAAGUUAGUGCAGGCUUGUUGAAGUCACAGGUAAAAGGAGUUGUUGGGUCUUUCCCCCCCAAUUUCUGUUGUUCCAAAACCCAUGAAGGAUUAUAAGUCCUCUGCCAUCAUAAAUACUUGGGAUAUUUCAGGAAAAAAAAAUGCUUUCUUUAAAAACUAUACUAUUAUUCUUCCAAAUUAUGCUGGCAGUGAUCCUUGUGCAAUGGCUUUGCUUCCAAUAAGAUCAUGAGGAUGUAAUGACAAUACAAUUUUCUGUGCAACUGGUACUUAGCUAGGUAUCUAUUUUAUUGAUGAUGCACAAAAAGAUUACAGUUGAGCUCAUUUUUAUUAGGUGUUUGGUUCUGCAUGGCUGACAGGAAUAAGAAUUAAAGACUGUCAUUCAGUCAAGGGCAAAUGAUGAAUAUGCCACAGAGGAAACCUUUCCUGGCAGUUUUUGACUAAAACAGGACUUUGAACUGGUUCUUUAAAGCUGAAUAGUGUGAUCUAUGAAUACAAACAUCAAAAAGUAAUAUAAGAGGUGAUGAAACUCAUUGGAAAACAGGCAGAAAAAGUAACACUUUAAAGGAGUAUUUUCAGUUGAAAAUACUGGAAUGUUCUCCUCAGAAGUUCUCUGGAUUCUUUUAAGGACCUUUUUGCUCUGCACUAUGCACAGGAGUAGCAUUUUCUUGUGAGUUUAGGAUGGGAGAAUUAGACACUCAGGCUCAUAGGUUCAUCUGCAGAGGAGAGGAGCACUCUUUACUGUUCGGAUGCAAAGAGAAUCCUGUUAAAUACUCAAAAAUACUUCCCAUUCCUGGGAUUAGAGUAGAAUUAGACUGGGGAGUCUUCUGUGAACGUUGCUACUAAUUUUUUGGGAGCAAGGAGGAGUAUUUCUUUUCCUACCAGUUUGUUUUCUCAACAGUCCUAAAAUCUUUUCUAAAUAAUGCUAAAAUUGUUUCAGCUUGGUAGGCUGCGAAUAGAUGAGCUGCUUUACUAAAGACCUAAUUUUUUUAAUAUGAUAGUGAAACACCCUGAGGAGAAGGAAUAUCUAAAGAAGUUGGAGAUUAGGAAGAAGCCUCCUAAUGGGAUUCUAUUCUUGCAGUGGUAAAUAUCAUCUCUUACAAAGAGGAGGAACUCAGAUGAGAGGAGGAGCAGUUGCUGAAAGGCUUGUAGCAGAAUAAAUGCAGCAUCAAUCAUCAUAGUUACCAAAAGUGUGGAGAAAAUGCAGAAAACUGGAUGAUAAUAUUCUUACCAGGUAUGUGAUUAAAGGAUCCAGAUGUUCCUUUCAUGAAAAUAAUAUUCCUACCUGUAGCUUCAGAAGGGUCCCCAAGAUAUCAAUCUAUAGACAGUUAGUAUGGGCUCUGAGAAACCUCAUUUUGUAGUCCUGUGAUAGUUUUUGCAUUUGAAUUGCAAUGUUGAUAUUUCUUUUUUUUCCUUCUUACUGUUUUUCUACACGUGGUAUUUACACAGAGUUUUUUCACCUGUGUUUGCCCUUCAUCCUUACAAAAAUUACAAGGGGCUUGUUGAAAUUGCUGUAACAAAUUCCAUUCAGCUGGUGGUGGCAGAAAUAAUUAUGUAUGUCACUUGUGCUUUCGAGCGUUUCAGUGGUAGCAACCAAUUAUUUUUAUCACCAGGUAGCCUGCUAAUGGUGGAGAGAUCAUUUGUCCUGGAAAAAUCUGAUCAGAUUACAGUGUUUUUCUUUGUAAUGUGUUUGAGGCUGAUUUUAUCAUAGAUUUUUUUUUUCAAACCAUUUAAGUGUACUGUGAGGAGAGAAAAAUUGUAUAGAAAUAGCCACAAUUCACUGACGAUAUGAUAGUUUAACAAAAUGCCUUGGUUAUACUUUUUGCUUUGAAAAGAAUUGAAGAAAAUGUCCAGAGGGCCUGGAUAGCUACUUAUGAAAAAUGUCAACUUAAGGCCCAUGUACCUAACACUGAAAGUCAUCUGCUGCUUUCAGCCCACCUUUAUGAGCAUAACACAGGAAAGAAACACACCUGAAGAAUUCUGCCUCUUUCAAUCUUAAAUCUGUGUUACAAAAAGUCUGCAGGCUGUCCUCCUUACUUUAUAGCUAUUUUACCCUUUGGAACUCAUUAAGCGCCCUUAUAGUUUUGCAGUACUUUGCUAGCCUUUUUUUAACCUUUUGUGUGUUGUUUGUACUUUGUCAGCCUUUUUUUUUUUUUUUUUUUUUUAAAACCAGAUAAACUUGUGCAUUCGCAAAUGCGCUGCUUAUAGGAAACAAUUACUGUUUUAAAAACUAAUUUCUGGCUUGAUUUAAGCACUGUUGUUGUUUUUCUUUAACUGGUGCUUACAUUGCCUACUCUUUCUUCAUGUAUUUUUAAUACUUUACAUAUACCUUGCAUUUGCAUACUUUUACUGUCAGUGUAUUUAAAUAUAUGUGGAAAAAAUAUGUAAACACAUCUGAGGAUCUUACUGUGCUAUGCAGUGUUACUUUUGAAAGGCUUUUAGUUUUCUUUCUCCAGCCAAUGAAACCUACGUUAGUCUUAGCUGUUGAACAGAGCAUUAUGACUAUCCACUUGAGGAUACUAGAUCAUGAAAAACUCCUAGUCUACGUUGUAGAAAUGUACUAUUGAUUCAUAUGUGUAUGGUCUUUUUACAGCUGCAACACUUUCAGAUUGUCUGCUCUGAGUGACUGUCUAGAUGACACAAGUGUGCCAUAACCAGGAAAUACUUAAAAUAUGGUAGUCAGGAAAGGACUGCUCUGACCCAAGUCACUAAGCUAACCAAACUGAAGUGAAGAUAAAUAAAUGAGAGCUUAAACCAUAGCCCUGUGAUCUGUGUAUGCAUUUCCCUGAAUUUCUAAAAUAUAUAGGUUCAUUUUCAGGAUCAGUGUGUUAGAGAGGUGUUAAAGGUUAUCUAUUCUAUAUAGGUCCUUAGAGCAUGUUAGCACCACAGUUCCUCAAUAUCUUUCAGUAGUCAUUGAGCAAUCUGACUAGUACUUGUGACAUGGUAGUUCUCUCAACAUGCCUCCUGGGGGGGGAAGAUGUGGCCAGGGAAAUCUCUCUUUAGCUUUUUAGUAGGUGCUCUUCCCCUCCCACGCUGUGCAUUCCUGAAUAUUAUUCACAUUGCUGUCCAUUUAUGAACAACAGGGUCAAGAAACUAAAUCAUGGGGUUGGAGUGGGAGACAGUGAGAUUUGUGAUAAUCAUCCGUUCCAAGAGAGACUGAUUCUGUGCAUGCGUUUCCCUGAAUUUCUAAAAUACAUAGGUUAAUUUUCAGGAAUAGUGUGUUGGAGAGGUAUUAAAGGUUGCACACCUUUAAUACACAGGUUGCUCAGCUGCACAGACACAUUUUAGCAUGACAGGAAACAAAGUUCAACACACACCUACAUGUGUGUACAUAUGUAUGUAUGCACACCUACAUGUGUGUACAUAUGUAUGUAUGUGUCUGACACGCUUUUUUUUCUGGGGCUCAUCAUCAAACUGAUAAUUUCAUUUGUUUAUUUAAAGCAUGCCUUACCUCCUGAAAUCAUUCUUUUAAUGAUCUUUCCAAGCGUUUCUUGGGAUGGUAUAUUUCUCUGUAUGAGAAGCUUUUCCUUUUUCAUGGUUUUCUUAGCAAUGACACUUCAGUUGUGAGGUUGCUGGAGAGCAAUAGAAAUUACAGAAUUUCUCUUUAAAGCUGAGAUCGUUGCCAUGACAAUGCUCCCAGCUGCUUCUUGUCCCAGAUGAUAAAAUCAUUUUUAGACUCCUAUAUUGCAAGUCCAGACUACAGUGUUUAAACAUUAGUUAAUUGAUUCAAAUCAAAUUAAAAAUUAGCAAAUCAUAAAAAUCUUGGGUUCUUUAGCAAUUCAACUGAAAUUGUUAGUUGAAUGAAAUAUUUGUGCUGGUACUUGCCGAAUAACUAAUUGGUUUUGCUAUUUGUUUUUGAUCAGUUUCUCUAGAUACUUGAAGUAAAACUGGUGCAUUGACAUGGAAAGGAUUUUUAUCUUACUCAGUUUACUAAAUGUCUUUUCGUAGUAGAAACAAGCCUGAACAAAAGUGGAUUGAUAUCCAGAUCUGUAGUAUUUAAAAUAUGACUCUGAGUCUGAAUCAUAUUUUGCAAUAUGCCAAAUCUGGAUCAAACCUGUAAUUCUAGAUACUUUAAGAUUUACGAUAUCUGAAGUCCAGACAGUUGAUUAUGGAAUCAUGGAAACGUUGAUUGCAAGGGACUUUUGGAGGUCUCUAAUUCAGCCUCACUCUGAGCAGGAUUAUCACCAAGUGAUCCGUCAUGGCUUGUCUAGCCAAUCUUAAAAACCUCCAAGCAUGGAAGCUUCCGCAGUCCCUCUGGGAAACCUGUUCCAGUGCUGCACUGCUCCUGGUGAACAAGCUUUCCCUAACGUCCAAUUUGAACCUCCUAAGUUACAAUUUGUGGCCAUUGCAUCAUGUUAUCCUUAGGUUAUGUAAUCAGUUACACGAAAGACAAAGGCCUGAUCAGGAUCAGAUGAGCAGUGAUAGGCAGAAGAACCCUAAUUAACCUAAUCAGUGAAGACAGGAGUACACAGAAUUGGCUCCUCCUAAGAGUAUCAAAGGAGAGUGAUUAGACCAUUAUCCCUGGUGUGAAACCCACUAAGAUGCAUCAACCAAAGAAAUUCCCAAGAACUCCUUGCCAGACCUGAAGUAUUGCCUACGUGGGUACAGAACUCACUGUGGGGUGCAGGGGGAAGAGCAUUUGGGAAUUGUUUAAAGCUUAUUAUGGGAUGUUUUUAAGGAAACUCUGGGAAUGUGUGCAACUUAACUAAGGAAGGACCAAAGGCAGGGUAAGGGAGGGAUCAAGGUGUAGCAGGGAGGAACAAGCAUGGGAGAAUAGAGGGAAAAGGGGAUAUAGGGUUGAAUUGUAAACAGGUGGUUGGUCAGUACAUUCGUCUGACUGACCCCUGUGCUUGGUCAAAGCAGUCUAUCUUAAAUUCUCACUAAAACCCAUUUCUGUCUUGUGUGUGGGUGUGCUCUCUUUUCUAAGUGGAUGUGUAUGUGAAUACUAGCAAACUUCAAACUGGACCAGUUGGUGAGUAUUACAAGAGGUGUCUACUAGCAACUGGAGGGGGACUGCAAACCUCCAGGACUCACAUCCAAGUGCCAGCAGCUAGGAGACCAGAGGAUUUGAAGCUGGCUACUGGAUAGACUGAGUGUCUAAGGCCAGCUACUGGAGUGAUUCAUAAUUGUGUAUGUGUAUAUGUAAAUAUGUAUGUAUAGAUUUUGUCAGCAAGCUUCAAUCCUGAUCAGCUGGAGAGGAGGAGCAGGAACAGGCUGUCCAUGCCAUUCAUGUUUGUGUGAACCCUGUGUGGAUUUAUAUAGAUAUUAGUAAAAUCACUGUAUUCUGUUUGUUGGUCUGUGUGGCUGUCCCCGUGUGUGUAUAUGUAUGGUGUAUGUAUGUGCCUACAGGGCCUAUAUGUUCAUCUUGCCUCUGCCUGGACUUGGGAUCACAAAGCCGUAGCAACCUCUAAUCCAUCAGGCUACUGGCUUCAGCAACCUCUAAUAGUUAUAUCACCACUACCAAGAAGAGUUUGGCUUUGGCAUCUUUGCAACUCGAACCCUUCAAGUAGUUGUAGUCUAGAAUUAGGUCAUUUCUUAGCAUCCUCAUUCUCAUAGUUUGUCUGCUGUUGACCCUGGACAACCUUGGUACCGUCCACUGAUUCCUCUUCAAUUUGCCAAUGUUCCUCUUGAACCAGAGGGCCCAAAACUGGAGACAGUAUUCCAGGUUACUUGGAAUUCCAAGUUACUUGGCCUUGUUAUUUCAGGGAGGGAUAACAACUUCCCUUGAUCAGCUGGCCAUUCUUCUGCUACUGUAAGCUAGCAUAUAGUGUGCCAUGUUCAUGAUGAGAGCACACUGUUGGUUCAUAGUCGCCUCAGCAUUGAGUGCAACUCUCAGGCCUUCCUAGCAGUGCUACUAUUCAGGCAAUAAUUUAUCAGCCUGAUGCUUGGGCUAUCACUCUGGAUAGGGAACUUCGCACUUCAUGAAGUUUCUGUUGGCCAAGUCUAAAGUUUCUCAAGGUCUCUCUGGAUUGAAAUUCUACCAUUUGCUAUGUCAGCUACCCCCCUCCAUCUUCUCCCACUAAAUUUAGUAUCAUUCACAGAUUUUCUUAGGCUGUGCUCCAUCACAUCCUCUACUGCAUUUAUGAAGAUACUGAACAGUAUGGACCCAGUAUCAACCCUUUAGUCACUACACUUGUUAACUAGCUUGUUCAUGACUAACCUGUUCAUUAGUAGAGAAGCAUUCUGUCCCUGGUGAGGCAAAAAGAUUUAAUGUCAUAGAAAUCACUGGGGACUAGAGUUUUCACUGCAUCGUCUAGUCUGUCCACCCCUGCUUUCAGAUGGGAGUUUAUCUAGAUAAUCCUUGUCCAAUGUUUGUCUAACCUUAAAAGUUCCAGGGCAAAGGAUUUUUUCUUCUGUGUUAAAAGCCUUAUUAGCGUCAAACUACAUCAUACUCAAUACUCAUCCCCUGUCCAACAGGAAACCCUGUCAAAAAUUUGAGUCAUUUUGUAGGAUUUCUUUCUUGACAAGUCCACGCUCAAUACUUUUCAUCACUUUAUCAUCCCUAGUUUUUUCAGUUGCUAUCUUAUGAGUGUUGAAAUGUAGCUCACUGAUCUUUAGAUCUUCUUAGUUUCCCCCCUUUUAAAAAAAUAGGUCCCUAGUUUGCCCCACUGAAGUUCUCUGGGAGGUCCAUGCGUUCUUGAAGGUGGCUGUUAAAGCUUUGGAGAGCACUUCCAGUUCUAACAGUACUUGUGGAAUGUUGUUAGGCCUUGACAGCUUGAAAACACUUAACUUACUCAGUAUCUUUAAGCUGUUUUUCACCUAGUCUGGCCUCCAUUCCUACUCCUUCAUUAAAAUUGAUUUUUGUAAGCAUCUAAUCACUAUUUGUGAAAUUUGCAACAAAAGAGGCAUUGAUUCUGUGCCAUUUGCACUCCACCCUCGUUAUUAAUGGAUUUUUGAUUUUGACUUCUUUUUAUUUCCAGUGUCUUUACAGAAUAUUUCCAUCUGUUUUUUUUUUUUUUUAAUGAUCCUUGCUACUUGUAACUCUUUUAAUCUUUAUGUCUAAUUUUAUCCGUGUCUGCUUGUGGUAUUCCUAUAUGCCCACCCUUAGGAAUUUGUCUUUCUGUUCUACUUGCUUGCACAACUGUAUUCUGAUUUUCAAAUUAUCAAAGAACUCUUGAACCAGACCUUCUGAGCUCUUACUAGGUUACUGUCUUUUUUCAUGAGGAGUAGUUUGUCAUUUCACCUUCUUUACAGUAUCUUUCAUUAACUGCCUGCCCCCUUAAAGCCUUUCUCUCUCAGAGUGUCUUACUAAGAGAAAAUAGCAAAUGAUUUCCUAAGCUUUUUGAUCUGUUUUUUUUGAAAUAUGUUGCCCUUAUUUAGCUGCUCGUUCUUUUCCUUUCCUCACAGUCAUGAGUUCCACCAUGUUAAGGUGGGCGUUUCCUAAAUUGCAUUUCACACAAAUAUUCUCCAGCAGUUUUUGCUUACAAUAAUCAUUUCUUUGCCACCUUUAGAAUAAAAAAGGGUCUGAAAGACGUAUAUCCUAUCAUACUGUUUUCUAAAAGCUGAGUAACUGAAAUUUUUCAUUACAGAUAGUCUUAUCUGUCAGAUGAUUUUUAACCAAAUGGGUUUUUUGCAUUGUCUUCUAUGAUGAUGGAUUUGGAUGGACUCUUCAAGUUAGGUUCUACUUCUGUGUUUUUGUUGAAAGUGAACCUUUUUAACUUCAUGCAAGUUUCUGCUCCUUUAGAAUUUUGUCCAGGGUUGAACAGGCAGGCAUAAAGAAUACAUGUUUUUCGUUUUUACUUCAGAUUUUGGGAUAUCUUCACAAGGAAAUCUUAAGAAAUGUUUCCUAACAUUUGAAAAGUUAAAUGUUUCUAAGAGGAAAGCUUGUUUUAUUUUGUUUUACAUUCAGUGAAAAAUAUAUAUCUAGGUUCAUUUCACACGUAAUGGUUUGUCUCCUAAAUAAUGAAUGUGCAUAAAGAGAUUUAGAACCUGCAUUAAAAAUCAUUCAUGUUCAGUGUGUUUCAGCAUUUUAUAACUGCUUUGUGUUUUGCCAGACAAAACACACUCUGCAAGGAUUGCCAGGGCAGAAGUUCAAGGAAAAGUGAAAAUUAUUAUAUAGGAACUUUUGUUUUUGGGGUUUUUUUUAGUUACUGUUCCUGUAUAAAAAUACAAAAGUACAUUUAGCCAAAGUUGCAAAGGAAUUCAGAGUAACUGCAGAAGUAUGUCUGUGGCCUGUUUUUUUUCUUUUUUCUCAAAGUAAUAAUUUAUGUUGUGCACCUAUGAAACAUUUUGGAUAAGAAAUACUCUGUGGGACCUUUUUGAUAUAUCUGCUUUGCAGAUAUAGCAGUCUGUAUGUCCGUUGUCUUGAGCGUCUUGAUAGGCUUAAAGGAUCUUUGUAUGAAAAUUAGCAUUUUGGCAUGUCUCUGGACAAUAUUAAGCCAUAAAUCACCCAUUGUAGUUUUCAGGGCAGGGAAAUUAUUCUCAAAAUACUAGAUCAAGAGCAGGGAGAAAUAUGUAAGGAUUUUAGUUGUUUUUCAAAGUUUUAGUCUACAGUCUAUAACUGCCUCUCUGAGCACAAGUGAAUGACUGCUGCUGUGCUUUCUUCUCUCUUCUAAUUAGAAGCUUCCCACUUCACUUCUGCUCUGCCAGCUCAAAUGAAAGUGCGGAAAUCAACAAAGCAGAGCAAACAGCAAGAAAGCAGAGCAAAAUGGAAAGAUGGGGGAGGGAAUACACAGUGAUGGAAGAUGUAUGGAUCAAAGGCACAAAACAGAGAUGUACCCCAAUUUAUAUUUGAGUGACGUGAUACCUAUCAAUAAACACCAUUACAGUCAAUGGUGUUUUUGGGGAGGGGUGUGAAAUGAAAAGAGUGGCAAGAUACCAUCUCUUGCCCUUUCUUGCAGUACUGUUUCAGCGAGAUCUGAAUAUAUUCAGCACAUUUUUAUUAUUUAAUAAGCCACAGCACAGUAUUUUCAUAUCCUAGCCCAGAAUUAUAAAGCUUAGUACUAAUCAGAAGUUAGCUAUGUUAAACAUACAGAUAUUGGGAAUUCCCUCAGCUGCAGAAUACUAAAACCUGGAGAAUAUGUGACCCUGUUCUUACACUCUUCCCUGUAACUCUGAUACUGACCAGUGUCAGGGAAAAGAUACUUUUCUGACUCCCUGUGGCUAUUCUCGCUAAAGUGUUCCUCAUGCUUAAGGAAAUGAAAUGUCAUUGAGUUUUAAAUAUUAGAAGCAAAUCUUCCCUAAACUGUGUUUACUUGUUUAAUUGUAUAUGAAAUAUAAACCCUCACAUCUGAGUUGUGCUUUCACUGCAGAUUAUUGAAAUUGAAUUAUUGAAAAAAUUUAUUGAAUUACUGAAAACCAGAUAUUCUGGAUAAUACAAAAUCUUCAAGUAGAGCUUGUACAGGACUUCAGUUGUGACCUUUUUCAGAGGUGGGAUUUGGUCAAACUAGGUUGCAGUUAGGAUCAAGAAGUACAAAGAAAUUAAGUGCUGUCUCAUUUCAGAAAGGAUAAAUGCUAUAUUAGACAUCAUCUGAAAGACAUCCAGAUAGACAAUACAACUUUCAGGUACAAGGAUCUAUACCAACAGUUAAUUCUUCCCAUUCAUUACAGAUUUUACCUUAAUGAAUGUAUCUCUUGUUAAUUCAAAUAAACUGAGAUAGAAAGCUAGUGGCCAGUCUGUUCUGCUUUUUUUCUUUUUACAGUUCUGAGACACUGCUUCAGGUCCUUUCAUAUUCAAGCAAGAAGUAACAACACAGUUUAGGGUUGGUUUGUUCCUUAUACUUAAAAAUCAGGUUGUCUUUAUGUAAUUUUAAAUAUGACUAGCGUUGUAACAUACAUCUAGUUAAUUCAUCUAUAUAAAAUGACAUAGUAAAUUUGAGCGUCUGCCUGUAAUGAGUAGUUUUCUGAAGUAAAACGUCUUCAUGGUUCUCCAUCACUGUGUGUAUUUAUUAAUCAGGGAAAUUUAAUUUAGUUAUGGUGUUAUUUUAAUCCUUAGGAAAGAACUUUGUACUUUUUAGUUCAUGUGUUCUUACUUGCAAGUGUAACAUGUCAGAGCAAAGUCCACCAGGCUAAGCACACAGUGUGAAAUAAUGAAGAUGCACUUUUGCUGCCCUUCUACAUUUCAGGUAGUGUGUUGGAGCUGAUUUAUCCACCUGGACUCGAGCAGCAGGCAAAGUACAAUUCUAGAGAAUGAGCCCAUUCAUUUGUGUGUGUGUGUGUUUCUUUGCCAAGCUUCACUUGAAAGGAGAGGUAAGGUGGCUGCCUAGCGCUGUUUUCCUCAGUUGCUUUCUUAAUAAUUUAUAAUGUUGAUUUCACUUCUAGAAGUAAAUGGACCCUUUAAAUCGUUUCGGUGCUUACUGUAAAUAUGAGGGAGAAAAAAGACUGAUUCACUUAAAAAAUGCAGAAAGAAAAAAAGAGCUAAAAAGAAACUCCUAGAUCCAAGUACAGAUUUCCCUGAAUUUUAGUGAUGCUUGUGGCUUAGGUUUUUAUUUUAAAUCCUUUUUAAUAAUAAAAAUAAUAAUGAUAAAAUAGAAGCUUAUAGAGAAGGGGAUGCAUGACAGUGUGAUAUGCAAGCACAGCAGAACUCCAGUGUUUUGAGGGACACCUUAUGUUGGAUUUCAGGGAAGGUAAUUUUCCAGUUCAUUAAGACAUCAAUAUCAAAUGAUCAGCUUUAGAUGUAGUGGCAAAUUGUAUGUUAAUCAGAAUUAUUAAUUCAUAGCUUUAAAUAGAGUAGAAAAUUCUAUGUUUUGUUUUUGUAUGUUUGGAAUAAAAAUUAAUUCUCAGACCUGAAUUUUACUACCAUGAUUUAUAUUGGACAUUUUAAGAAAAAUGUGCUUAAUAAUUUUUCACUUUGGAAAACUGUUCUGUGAAUCUGCUACUGAAUCCUGAGAUUUAUAAGGAAUGUGGCUCUGUUGCAAUGUAAACUGUUGCGGAGAUUGGUACCGGCCUGUGGAGACUCUGUGCUGACGCGGGCAGGAAAUGAGCUGUGACCAAAGAACUGCUUGCUAGAUCUAUUUUCUGCUGUUGUCGGAGCCACUGCUUGGAGCUCAGUCAUUAAAAACAAGAAUAAAAAAAGGAGUGGAAGAAAAAGAGUUUGAGUAGUUUCUAUCUAAGUAAACGUAUCCUGUGAGAGUAUGGGACACAUUUGUUGUCCUGAUUCAGUCAAAGCUACCAUUGAUAUAAAAAUUCCUUUUCAGUCAGUCCAGGAUUUGCCUAAAUGAUGACCUCAGGCUUUAAUCUAGUAGUAGCCUAAGACUUCUUGCUGUGUUGGAUGAAGGGUUAUUAGCCAUGUAACCCAAAAAGGAAGACAAAAUGGAGCUCAAAAUUCUUUUGAUUAUAUAUAUUGAAUCCUUGUGCAUUUUGAUGAGGCUGAAGAAACUUUUUUUUUUUACGUUGUUUAUUGAGCUGAUUUUCUUUUCCUACCUUCAAACAUUGACCUGUUAUUUACAACUACAGAUGAAAAUUCUUACAAACCAAAGUCUGGAUGUGCUGAAGUGAGUUCUUCAGUGCAUGGAAGUAUUCCCAGUAAAGCCAUGUUGUUGAGUACCGUUUGGACUACGGACAGCCAGAGAGGCCAGUGUUUGUGCUGGUUCGUCCGUUGGUGCCUCUAUUUCACUACAGUUUGGUCUCAAGGAAUAAGCGAACUUUAAAUCUGUAAAUAUAAGAUGUGAUUUUAAGUUUUGUAAUUUCAUUAUUUUCUGUUACUGUUUAUCACACAUGAAAUUAUGUUAUGUUCAUUGACCAGCACAGCGCAAAGUAACAAAGAUAAGAAAUAUUGCAAGUGGCACAGCGCCAGGCUCCGUGUCAGCAGAAUGACCAGUCAGAAAUGCAGUAUGAUACAUCAGGAAAAGCAAGGGUUUCUGAGGGGCAGGAGGAGCUAAUUUUGAGAGAGGGUCACUAUGUCGAAAGGAUGUGUUUCUCUUUCUCCUUCAGGACUUUCAUACUAUAAGACACAAAUCUUUCAAUUUUCAAUUCUAGUCUACAUUACAGCUCUGAAGUGCAUUGCUGCAGAAGGACUGACUCAGAAGGAAGAUGCUGUUGAAGAGUUCAGUGGGAUUUAUUGUGCUGUUGCUCUCUCAUUGUACUGUGUCAGUGAGCAGCAAAGAGGCAGUGAUCUUGGCUAACGCUCACCUUCUCCCUCCAGGAGGCUAUGAGAGAUUGGCUAACAUCAAUGACAGAGACUAUCCAAGGGAUUGCUUUGAGAUUUUUCAGCGCUCUCCAGGAAAUUCCAAAGAUGGUCUUCACGUCAUCCAACCAAAGGAAGAUCCAAUUGUUGUCUAUUGUAAUAUGCUGGAUGGUGGCUGGACAGUGAUCCAGCACAUUACAGCCAAUAGUACUGUCGACUUUGACAGGACCUGGCAGGAUUACAAAUAUGGAUUUGGCUCUGUUCUUGACAACUACUGGUUAGGAAAUGAAUAUAUGCAUCAGUUAACUAGCAGCUCCACGCAGUAUAUACUUGGAGUCAAACUUGUAGACUUAAACGCUGAAAUCAAAUGAGGACAGUACGAACCAUUCCUUAUUGAAGAUGAAGAGUCUCAAUACCGAAUCAGGGUUGGUCUGUACAAAGGCAAUGCCAC